AUGUCCGAUCCAACGAGUUUGCAACCGCAAGCUUGUUUCUUUCCCAUCCUCGAUUUGACGCUCGAUCCAUCGGCAGAGAGAUAUUGGCAAGCGGUCGAGGUCCCCGUUCCAAAUAUUGCUCAGUUGGAUCGGUUUUGUAAAAAACAUGAAGUGGCCCCGUUGACUUUUUUCAAACUUGCGUGGGCGCUUGUACUUCAAUGCUACACUGGGAGUAGCUCUGCGGCUUUUGGACUCUUGGAGCUGCCGAUGUCAGAUACAAGAAUGAAUCUGGAGUUAACAUGUGGAAUCGGUAGCAUCAGCGAUUUUCACGUCGAGCUUGAGGGGGCUGGUUGCAUUACUGAGGUUCUACGAGUAAUUCAAGCAAUUUCCUCGCAAGAUGGAGAUCCUCAAUCUACACUUCUUUCUGGCGGUGACAAAAGUACAAGUACGGGGCUGUACAAUACUGCUUUGCAGCUCGAAGAAUCGAAAACUUCGACAAACUUCAAUUCCGUUCCAAAGAACCGGAUAUCCCCAGACAGCUAUAUUGAGAUACUACUCGACAUAAAGCUCGAUGGUAGUACUGCCACUGGGCAUGUGUAUCUACAGCACCUCCCGGCGAAAUUAUCCACCAUUGCAGCAACAAAUGUGGCCCAUACCUGUGCGAAAGCGAUUCAAUGUAUGCUGAGCGACCCAUUCCAACCAAUAGAGAGUAUCGAUCUUCUUACGAAACGAGACUUGGAACAACUACGAGGAUGGGAAGCUCAACUUCCCGAAAGAGUAGAUGCAUGUGUACAUGAUCUUGUGCUGCGGCACGUAAUAUCAACGCCAAAUGCUCCUGCAAUAUGUUCCUGGGAUGGACAAUUGACCUACGACGAGUUGGAGAAAGCAACGUCUAUUUUGGCAUGUCAUUUGAUUGAUCAUGGUGUCGGACCAGAGGUUCUGGUGCCAAUUUGCUUUGAAAAGUCUGUAUAUGCGAUACUGACCAUGCUUGCAAUUUUGAGGGUUGGUGGAGCAUUUGUUCCAUUAGAUCCAUCACAGCCUAGAGAGCGACAUGAAGCUAUUAUGAAGAAAGCGAACGCAAAGAUGGUCAUUUCAUCGCCGCAAACCGCGCAUAAAUUCAGCGGGAUCGCAAUACGAAAUAUAAACGUCUCAGAAGGUCUAAUGGCAACACUACAUGUAUCUCUUAAAGAUCGCUUGCCAAUAAAGGUCAAAACAUAUAGCACAGCUUUUGUUCUGUUUACUUCAGGAAGCACGGGCGAGCCCAAAGGAAUUGUUCAAGAACAUGGCUCCGUCUGCACAGCCUCGCUUUUUCACGGUAAAGCCUUUGGGUGGAACUCCAAGUCUCGUGUAUUCCAAUAUGCUGCAUAUACCUUCGACGUAAGUAUGAUGGAUAUCUUCACUACACUCAUGUUCGGAGGAUGUGUAUGCAGUCCUUCUGAAGAUGACCGCCAGAGCAAUAUCGUCGGUAUCAUGAACACUAUGCAGGUAAAUUGGGUGCUCUUUACCCCAUCUUUAGCAAAUUUGAUCUCUCCUGAAGAUGUGCCUUGUCUUGAAAUUAUGGCACUUGGCGGCGAGGCAGUAACACAGGAAAAUAUAAGCAGAUGGUCCAAUGAUGUCGCUCUGUAUAAUUGUUAUGGGUGUGCAGAAGCUUCCCCCACAGCAUUUAUUCAACUGCGUUCGAACAAUAGAGGCUCGAAUCUUGGAAAACCGUUUGGGCAGGCAUUGUAUUGGCUGGUAGAUCCAAAGAACCACAACCGCAUAGUUCCAAUUGGUGCGGUAGGAGAAUUGCUUGUUGAAGGACCCACUCUCGCUCGUGGUUAUAUCGGUGACAUGGACAAAACAAAAGCUGCAUUUAUCAAAGAUCCAAAGUGGCCAUCAGAACUUAUAGGGACGAGAGCCCGACGUUUCUACAAGACGGGAGAUCUUGUACGGUACACUUCCGACGGAUCCCUAGAUUGGGUUGGGAGAAAAGACUUCCAAGUGAAAGUUCGAGGACAACGAGUUGAACUUUCAGAGGUUGAAUACAAUAUCUCAGCUUAUCCCAACGUUACUCUAGCCAUGGCCACAAGUCCUAAGAUUGGAGCUUUCGCAAAAUCUCUCGUGGCAAUAAUUCAAAUCGAUGCGAGUUUAGAGCCGACUUCGGCUAUGAAUGUUCUCUCCUCGGUUAGCAACCACCGAUUGUCUGCAGCGGGUUUCAGCAUUGCCGAUCUUGAUCAAUUUUUGAGGAAUAAAUUACCGAAUUACAUGGUGCCAAGUCAUUGGUUUGCUGUUGAAAAAGUACCGCUUUCUGUUUCAGGAAAGAUUGAUCGAAAGUCAGUAGAACAUUGGCUUUCACAACUGAAUCGUGAUUCUGCAAAUCCAAUCCUUACCAAUGGCCUUUCCAACGGUCAUGCCAACGGAGUCAUCAAUGGCCAUAACAACGGCCAGAACGGCACUUCCAUAUCCAAAGAAAACAUAGUCGGUUUCAAGAUAUCCAGAAAACUCGCCUCGCUCGUUUACCACACAGACAGCCAGGCCAAAUCGAAGCUGAUUGACCAGGACAUUACUUUGGCAACAAUUGGUCUUGAUUCUAUUCAAGUCAUCAGUUUGUUGAUGUUCAUCAAGCAAGAAUUUGCAGUCAAGCUUCACAUCAGCGUGUUGCUGCAUCCGAAGGCAACAAUUCGUAGUGUUACGCAACAUAUUGAGGACCUCAGAACAGUGGGUGUUAGUCAAAGUAUCGAAAAGUCUGUUGAUUUAAGAACAGAAUUUCAGAUGUAUAAACAGCAGAUGGAUACAAAUCGGUGGGGAAGAGAUCCAUCGAUACAAAACGUUUUCUUGACAGGGGGAACAGGAUUCCUCGGAUCUGAAAUGCUGCACCAGCUCUGCACUCGCAAGGAUAUCAAGAAAAUAAUGGUACACGUUCGUGCGAAAAACUUAAAGGAUGGCCUGCAACGGAUUAGAAAGGCAGCAAUGCAAGCAGAAUGGUGGUCAGAUUCGUAUCUCGAGAAAAUAGAAGUAUGGCCUGGAGAUCUUGGAAAACGUCGCCUAGGUUUGAACUCGGACCAAUGGGACUGCCUAACCGGAAAGUCAGAUAUUUCUCGACAAGUACAUGGCAUUAUUCACUGUGGUGCCAAGGUGCACUGGAACUGCGACUUUUCGUCUUUAAAAGCAGCAAAUGUUGACUCAACUUGGAUCCUCUUGAAUAUUAUGAACGAAACACCAUCCAUCUUAAAGUUCGUAUUUAUAUCCGGAGGGUACAAUGGGCCAUCGUUAGCAGAGAAGUAUCUUUACAUGGACGACGACCACAUCAAUGACAUUCUCCCUACUGAAUACGCGAAAACAAAAUUCAUCUCACAGCGCCUCGUGCAAGAGUACUCACAGACCAGUAUUCAGAAUCGCAGUCGGGUCUUUGUUGUAAAACCUAGUUACACCAUUGGUACUCCUAAGCUGGGUAUUGCCAAUACCAGUGACUUUAUCUGGAGACUUGUUGCAAGUUGCAUAGAAAUCGGGAGUUUCAAUGAAGCAGACGCCGAUUCCUGGCUUUUCAUUUCUGAUGUCGGUAACGUGGCCAAAAUUGUGUUAGAUUGCUGUGAUACAAAACAGAGCGUUUCUUCCGAUCCGUAUAUUGGAAUGAGUGAAGGUCUACCCGUUCGUGAGUUUUGGUCUAUUCUGGAAAGAAAUUUUGGUUACAAAAUCAAACCAUUGAGACAGGCUAAAUGGCUGGAUGCUGUUUACGCCGACAUUGACUCUAAGCAUGAGAUCCAUCCCCUUUGGCCUUUAAUCCAAAAUUUGGAGAAGGAACAAGGAAAAUUAGGCAUGCCUAUAGAUGAAAUACCGCAGGACGUAAAACUUUCUACUCCUUCGAGGAUUGAAGCUGCCAUUCGUAAGAAUGUUGAGUAUUUGCGCGAGGUUGGCUUUUUACCAAAAACACAUAAGUAUUGA